CGACGCUCUUGCUUCCCACGUCGUCACUUUGUUUUUCACACAAAUAGAACUUGCUCAUUCCUGAAACAAAACACAAAAUCUUUCUCGUUCGUCUCGUCAGACCAAGACCAUGAUGAACAAUGGGAUUAUAAAGGAGCUAGUAUCCUCCCCUUCAUUCGACGGGAGUAACUCGAGCGGUGCUACUGGUACCAGUGCUGGUAGCAGCUUGAGCUCCUUCAAUGCUGACUCCAAGAAAGGCAAGAGUGUCGGCGGCCAAGGUUUGUUGCUGAAGUUCCCUUUUUUCGCUUGUCUUGUGACCGCCAUGGCUGUUCUCCUGUUGGUUCGCAGCGCUAAUCGUCAGGGAUUCAAGCGUGACUUUGGAGCGACUUCUAAAAAGAUUGUGGAUGCCUUCUUCUACGAGAGCCACCAAAAGGCAUAUGCCGUCCAUGAUGCCAGUGUCACUGCAUCCAUGAUCGCGAUGCAGAAACCAACCAAGUGGAAACGGAAGAACCCCGGAGAGUUGACUCGCAAGGGAGAGAUGGCUCCUAACGAUGAGGCCCUUUCCAUUUUUCAAGACCGAACCAAUGACAUGCAGCUGCUGGGACAAAUCGACGCCAUGAUGUGGUAUCCUGCUGCAGCUGAAACCCAUCAUGUUUCAAUGACCUGCGAGACGGAACGUGCCUGCAAAGGAUCUGGGGGCAAAGUUCGUGGACAAGCGAUCGAAAUUGUCCAAGAAAGCAAGGCGCCAGUGACAUCGGAGGCAUUUCGACGCUCGGAAGAACCACCUGAGAAUGUCAGGACAGCCAUCUUUUACCCCAUCCGUCCCGUGCACCUCAAAGAUAUCCUUGUGCAAGAAGACAUUAUUGGAGUCAUUGCUGCCGACUUCAGAUGGACCGAGUUCUUCAGCCCCGCCACUUUCGAUGAGGAAACGGAGGGUUUGGUAAUCGUUGUCGAAAACACCUGUGGCCAAGCGUUCUCCUAUCGUGUGCACGGUCAAGAGCUAACUUAUGUUGGCAAAGGAUACAUCCAUGACAACGAGUACAGCGACAUGACGGUUUUCUCUGACUACAUUGACUUUGUCAAGCCUGGACUCACCAAGACAGGGGCCUGUGGCUGCGAUUACCGCAUUCGCAUCUACCCGUCCAAGGACAUGUUUGCGCAGUACUCAUCUUCAUGGCCAAGAUUGAUCAUUAUGGGGACUUCGUUGGCUAUGCUGACGCUGCUCCUGUCAUUCCUCGCCUAUGAUAUCUACGUUAGUAGAGAGUUCUCCCACCUUUCAGACGACAUGGUGCGCUUCAACACCAUUGUGGGAUCUCUGUUUCCUGAGGUGGUGCUGGAUAGGGUUGUGCAGGAAGACCUCGGGCGCAUGGAGAAGAGCAAGAAGAUCGGAUACAAACCAAUUGAAACAGACGGGGCUGCUGUAACCUAUGAUGAAGACGACUUCGUCCAUUCCAACCGCUUCCUAGCUGACUACAAAUUGCCAGUGGAUAAGUUCGGAUCUGUGACGGAGAAGCCGAUCUAUAACUCGUUUCCGCACACCACGAUUUCAUUCCUUGAUGUCGCUGGCUUUACUUCCUGGAGCUCCGAGCGUGACCCCGAACAGGUGUUUAUGCUUCUGGAGAGUGUCUACCAGAAAUUUGAUUCCAUUGGAAGGCGUUUGAAAGUCUUUAAGAUUGAGACAAUUGGGGACUGUUAUGUGGCUGUUACUGGCGUGCCAGAGCCUCAGAAAAACCAUUGCCUUUUGAUGUGUCGCUUUGCGUACGAAGCCAUGCUUUCGUUCGUGCACCUGUGCAAGUCGCUGGAAGUGUCUCUCGGCCCAGGCACCGCUGAUCUAGGCCUUCGAGUGGGCAUUCACUCUGGAUCGGUCAUUGCCGGUGUAUUGAGGGCGGAGAAGGUUCGGUUUCAGCUAUUCGGAGAUACCAUGAACACAGCAAGCCGAAUGGAAUCGACAGGAGAACCCGGAAAAGUGCAAAUUAGCAAGGAAUCGGCUGUAUUGCUGCAGGCUUCCGGCAAGGGAAACUGGCUAGAGCCUAGAGCCGACCCUGUUUCGGUCAAGGGAAAGGGCCACAUGAAAACUUAUUGGCUAAAGAUUUCUUCUACGACAACCAAGUUGACCAAAUCUACCAUCGAGUCUGGGCUUUGGGGCGAGGACGUGAACGUGGAAGACUCGACAUCCCCCGAGGAAAACCUGGUCACAAAACGCGAGCGGCUCAUUGAGUGGAACACCGAAGUUUUGCUUGACCUCCUGCGAAAGGUUGUCUCCAGACGUCGGGCCAUUGAAAGGCGCAACAGGAGGAUCAAGAUGCCUGCAACAAAGAGCAUCCAAGACAGCAACCGACACGAAUACCAACGGUUCCUUGCGUCACGAAACCUGGUGGAGCACGCAUCUGAGGUCAUCCCUUUUGCUUCGUACGAAGAAGAUCUUGUCAUUGAGGAUCCAAGCGAGAUCAGACUUGGGCCAGAAGUGGAGGCUCAAGCUCGGGCUUACGUCGCCGAGGUUUCUUCCCUCUACAACCCUGUUCCAUUUCACAACUUUGAACAUGCCAGCCAUGUUGUCAUGUCGGCCAAGAAGCUUCUUGGUCGAGUUGUCUCCCCUCAACAGGGAGGUUUCAAGCAGGUCGAAGGUCUAUCGUGCAGAGAGACCUGUGACAAGAGUUUUGGAAUCAGUGUUGACCCAUUGAUGCACUUCGCUCUAGCACAGUCGGCUAUGAUCCACGAUGUUGCCCACUACGGUGUAUCCAACAAGCAGCUAGUGAAGAACAACAAGGAAAUGGCUGCCAGAUAUAACUCGCAAUCAGUCGCAGAGCAACACUCCUUGCUACUUUCGAUGCACGCUUUUUCGGACGACAAGUAUGAUGCCCUUCGCGAGGCCUUGCUGUCAGACGACCCAGAAGAAACUAAGCGUUACUACCAAUUCCUGGUUGCAUCUGUUUUGGCAACUGAUAUCGCCGAUCCGAAGCUUAAGGCAGCCCGUCAAGCACGAUGGGAUGAAGCCUUUCAGAACGAGGAUGCCGCCAUGGACAAGGAACGUCUCCAAAUUGACUCAUUCUAUUUGGGAGAGCUGAACCGUGUGGAUUUGCACUUUCGCCUUUUGGCGCUACUCUCUGCUGUCGUGUGGGCUGGCCUUGUCUACAUCUCGUACUGGGCGACACCCGAAGAGCACAUUGAAUCAUUGGUGGGCAUAGAACAGAAAGCCGCAGGAACGGCCUUCGGUAUCCUCGUGUGCGGAUUUCUCUAUAAAGUGAGCCCGCAAUUUCUCAAGCUCUUCGAGUACGAUGGAGAACCACUGAGUGGAGUUGUCAUAGGUGUCAUUACAAUCGAGGUGAUAGCAAUGAUCACGGAUGGUCUUAUGGCAUUUGGCUUCCCUACUCCGGUCAUGAUUGACCCGAUUUUGGGAACGAGAGUUCAUCUUCUCCGGUGGUGCGAGUGGACACCGUUGGCCUUCUACAUUUACUUUAUCACUGAUGGCGUUGAUGUCCCCGACCCGGCUGUGGGUCUCAAAUCGAGGUACUUCUUUGCUGGUUGCCAGGGAUUGUCAACGUUCGCAGGAUUCCUUUUCGCGUUUGCUCCCAACGGGAUUGUUUGGGGCGUCCUGCUCUUCUUCUCGUGUGUGCUCUUCCUGUUUCUGUAUGUACACUUGGCCUACAAACGCAAAGUGCAUGCUCGUUUGCGACGAGGGGACAGCUUGGACGAUCGAGAGAUCUACGACCGAUCCUAUCACUCCCUGCGGUUUUUGGAGGACGUUGGUGUGACCUGGGGUAUUCUUGUCUUCAUGUACUUCUUGGAGGGUUUUGGACCCAUGAUCACACCGCUGUUUGACUUUACUCGAGCAGAAGGCUUUGGAAUGAUUUGGACUAGUGUUUUUGACUGCAUUUCAAAGAUGCACUACAUGAAUCAUAUCAUGAGUAUCAACGAGCUUGUGUUUGAUACCCAAGCAAGAGAGAAGCGACAGAAGGAAGAAAGCGUUCGACUAAAGGAUGAAUCAAACAAGAAAGCAACGGUCCUCUUUGAGUACAUCAUUCAAGCGUCGGAUGUGGCUCAUUGCAUGCAACACUGGAACAUUUACCAAAAGUGGAACCGAUGCUUGUUCGAGGAGAUGUUGAAAGCGUAUUUGAAGGGAGACAGCGAUGAGGAUCCCCGACCUGGCUGGUACGACGGCGAGCUCUGGUUUUUCGACAACUACAUCAUUCCAUUGGCUUCGAAGCUGACUGAUUCAGGCUGUUUUGGUUACUCGGGCUGCGAGUAUCUCCGUUGCGCUACAGAAAACCGUAACGAAUGGAAGGUGAAGGGGAAAGAAGUCACCGCUCGCAUGAUUGACGAGAUCGAGACCGAACUGGCAGGUUACGGAAAGAAUGUCAAAAAGGGCAAGAAGGAGCUCGUAUCAAUGGAUCGGAGUGGGGAUACGCAUAGCAUGUCGGAUAUGAGCGACAGCGCUGGCGACGAUAAUGGAAAGGGAGGAGGAGGAACACCCUUGUCCGCAUUUUUCUGCGCCCCCAGCCGCAAACGAUCGGGAUCCGGGAGGAAGCUCCUGAUGUGAGUGUUACAUUGUAUAGUUUAGUCCAUGUACAUGUGCCUGCGAGAAAUAAACGAGUGCAGGCACUUUUAUAAAAAGAUCAUCCAUGUAGGGAAGUUCCGUACCGACAUCGCUAUUCG